AUGGCUCAGAGAGGAGUUCGUCUGGAGGAAAUCUCCUGCUCCAUUUGCUUGGAUCUACUAAAGGAUCCGGUGACUAUUCCCUGUGGACACAGCUACUGUAAGAACUGUAUUAAAGACAAGUGGGAUGGAGAAGAUCAGAGGAGAAUCCACAGCUGCCCUCAGUGCAGGAAAGAGUUCAGAUUUAGGCCUGUCCUUGUAAAAAACAUCAUGCUAGCAGCACUAGUGAACGAUCGGAAGAAGACUGGCUCCAAGCUGCUCCAGCUGAUCACCGCUAUGCUGGACCUGAAGAUGUGGCCAGUGAUGAAGCAACAAAUCCAUCAGAGAAUCCAGGACCAAGAGAAAGAUGUGAAGCUGCUUCAACAGGAGGUGGAGGCCAUCAAUGUCUCUGCUGAUAAAGCAGUGGAGGACAGUGAGAAGAUCUUCACUGAGCUGAUCCGUCUCCUCCAGGAAAGAAGCUCUGAUGUGAAGCAGCAGAUCAGAUCCCAGCAGGAAACUGAAGUGAGUCGAGUCAAAGAUGUUCAGGAGAAGCUGCAGCAGGAGAUCACUGAGCUGAAGAGGAAAGACGCUGAGCUGGAGCAGUUCUCACACACAGAGGAUCACACCCAGUUUCUCCUCAACUACCCCUCACUGCCAGCACUCAGUGAGUCUACAGGAUCAUCCAGCAUCAACAUCCGUCCUCUGAGACACUUUGAGGACGUGACAGCAGCUGUGUCAGAGCUCAGAGACAAACUACAGGACGUCCUGAGAGACACAGGGACAAACAUCUCACCAAGACUCACUAAGGUUGAUGUUCUACUGUCAGAACCAGAACCAGAACCAAAGACCAGAGCUGAAUUCCUGAAAUACUCACAAGAACUCACCCUAGAUCCAAACACAGCGAACAGAUUCCUGUUAUUAUCUGAGGGGAACAGAAAAGUAACGAGGGUAGAAGAACAGCAGUUUUAUCCUGACCAUCCAGAUAGAUUCUCUGGUUGUUGUCAGAUCCUGAGCAGAGAGAGUCUGACUGGACGUUGUUACUGGGAGGUGCAGUGGAGAGGAGGAGGAAUUGAAGUCGUAGUUUCAAAUAAAAGCAUCGGCAGAGCAGGGAGAUCAAAUAAAUGUGAGUUUGGAUUCAAUGACAAAUCUUGGUCAUUAAAUUGCACCACAGACAGAUACACAUUUUAUCACAGCAACAUUAAAACUCCAGUAUCAGGUCCAGUUUCCUCCAGACUAGGAGUGUAUCUGGACCACACAGCAGGUAUUCUGUCUUUCUACAGCGUUUCUGGUACCAUGACUCUGAUCCACAGAGUCCAGACCAGAUUCACUCAGCCGCUACAUGCUGGGUUUGGUCUCUUCUCCCUAUUUUCACAUGAUGGUGGCGCGACUGCUGAGUUUGUUAACUUGAAAUAG